ACACUUGUGCUGGCCCUGGCUGCACUGAUCGCUGCCUUUGGGUCAUCCUUUCAGUAUGGGUACAACGUGGCUGUUAUCAACUCCCCUGCGGAGAUCAUGAAGCAGUUUUACAAUAGCACCAACUAUGAUAGAACCCAGGGCUACAUGGAUGAAUCCUUCCUGACCUUGCUGUGGUCUAUCUCGGUGUCCAUGUUCCCCUUUGGAGGCUUUCUUGGAUCCCUUCUGGUCGUCCCCUUGGUGUCUAGACUUGGCAGGAAAGGGACUUUGCUGUUCAACAACAUAUUUUCCAUUGUGCCUGCUGUCUUAAUGGGAUGCAGCAAGGUCGCCAAUUCCUUUGAGAUGAUCAUUAUUUCCAGACUCUUGGUGGGAAUAUGUGCAGGUGUGUCUUCCAACGUGGUCCCCAUGUACCUGGGGGAGCUGUCUCCUAAGAACCUGAGGGGGGCCCUGGGAGUGAUGCCUCAGCUCUUCAUCACAGUUGGCAUCCUGGUGGCCCAGAUCUUCGGGCUCCGGAGUAUCCUCACCAGUGAAGAAGGUUGGCCAAUCCUCCUGGGGCUGACCGGGGUCCCCGCUGCCCUGCAGCUGCUACUCCUGCCCAUGUUCCCCGAGAGUCCCAGGUACCUGCUGGUUCAGAAGAAGGACGAAGAGGCUGCCAGGAAUGCUCUGAAGAGGCUGCGAGGCUGGGACAACGUGGACGAGGAGCUGGAGGAGAUCCGGCGGGAGGACCAGGCGGAGCGGGCGGCCGGCUCCAUCUCGGUGCUGAAGCUGUUCAGCAUGCGGUCCCUGCGGUGGCAGGUCAUCACCAUCAUCGUCCUCAUGGGCGGCCAGCAGCUGUCCGGCGUCAAUGCGAUCUACUACUACGCAGACCAGAUCUACCUCAGCGCUGGUGUGAAGGAGACUGAGGUCCAGUUCGUGACAGCGGGCACAGGUGCCGUCAACGUGGUGAUGACAGCCUGUGCUGUGUUUGUGGUGGAGCUGCUGGGCAGGAGACUUCUGAUUCUCCUUGGCUUCUCUCUCUGCUUUGUAGCCUGCUGCGUGCUGACAGCUGCCCUGGUGCUACAGACAACAAUAUCCUGGAUGCCUUACAUCAGCAUCGUGUGUGUCAUCGCCUAUGUCAUAGGACAUGCCCUCGGGCCCAGUCCCAUCCCUGCACUGCUCAUCACUGAGAUCUUCCUGCAGUCCUCUCGGCCGGCUGCCUUCAUGAUCGGAGGCAGUGUGCACUGGCUCUCCAACUUCACUGUGGGCUUGAUCUUCCCUUUCAUCCAGGUCGGCAUGGGGGCCUAUAGCUUCAUCAUCUUUGCCGUAAUAUGUCUUCUCACCACCAUUUACACUUUCCUGAUCGUCCCUGAGACCAAAGGCAAGACAUUUAUGGAGAUCAAUCAUAUAUUUACCAAAAUGAAUAAAGUGGCAGAGGUGUACCCAGAAAAGGAGGAACUCCAAGAUCUUCCACCUUCCACUCUCCAUCAGUAA